UCCCCAAAAAACUAACCAGAUUCCAGAAAUGAGAUGAUAAGAAAUGUUAUGCCUCGCUGUCAAAUUCGGCAAAAAUAUUAGUUAUUUAAUAAUAACAUUAGCAAUCUUAGUAGGAAUAUACUUUCCAUCGAGACACGCUAGACACUAUGAAUGUGUAAAAGUUGACGGUAUUUUACGAAGUCUUCACUUCGAAUCUAGCGUUCAAAAUAAUAACCUUAAAAAUUGUACCUACGAGAAUUUAUUAUCUGCAUCAACUAACGAAAUUCGUGUGGAUGAUAUAAGUCAGCAAAAAUCAAUUUCAGCGCCAAGUUCAGGAGGGGAAUUUAUACCAAAAGACUGCAAGCCUUUAAUCAGCUCUGCCAUUAUCAUACCAUACAGACGUCGUGAGGAGCAGUUACGAAUAUUUUUAAAUUUCAUACACCACUUCCUGCAGAAGCAGAAAAUCCACUACAAAAUCUAUGUGGUUGAUCAAGACAAUGAUUUGCCUUUCAAUCGAGCAAAACUUUUGAAUAUUGGAGCCAAAGUAGCUAUGACUGAUGGAUUUCCCUGUUUAAUAUUACAUGAUCUGGAUUUGAUACCAUUGAAUUAUGGGAAUAUUUACGGUUGCUCUAACAUACCCAGACAUAUGUCUUGUAGCCUCGAUAGUUUUAGGUAUAAUCUACCCUAUUUGACGCUUUUUGGCGGUGCAGCAGCGAUUUUAUCUGAGCAGUAUAAGAGAAUAAAUGGAAUGUCCAACCUAUUCGAAGGUUGGGGUGGAGAGGAUGAUGAUUUUUACAAGAGGCUAGAGGAAAGUAAUUUGACACCGUUUCGAUUCUGUCCCUCAGUCAGCUCUUACACAAUGCUAAUGCAUAAAAAGAAUCGUAUAACAAGCCAAAACAGAUUCGAUUUAUUGAAGAGGUCCAUUGAUAGAAGAUACGAAGAUGGUUUGAAUGCACUCCCAAAUAACUUUACCAAGGUACUAGAGCCCCUCUUCACGCAUAUCAUAGUUACGCAGUAAAUAGCCCAUUUUAUUUUCCAUCGAUUGUCGUUUUCUGAACUGAACGCAAAGGAGCAGUUUGAAUAUUAUUUGUUUCCUUUUGUUUAUUUUCAUUUCACGAAUUGAUAAUUAAUUGAGUGGAAUGUACGUAAAUUUUUAAAUCUUUUGAGAUUGCAUUGUAUUCCAGAAUGAGGAAUUUUGUAUAUAUAAUUUAUUUAUUACUUAUUUUCAUAUCUUUACUUUCUUACUACGUAUUCGUUUUGAAUACAUAUAUUGUUGAUAAUAAAUAUUCAAAAUUGUUCUCGUCUCAGUUUGAAUAAAGAAAUAAAGAUAAGUGCUUA